UCAGCUCAAUUUUCCUGCCAAACCUGAUGCUGCAGCUAAAGUUAGCCGCUUUGGGCUAGUAUAUAAGACCCUGAGGGUCUAAUGCAUACAUGUCAGUCACAUCAUCUUGACGCAAGCUUCUCUUCUUGACCACCAACAACCACACAAACGAGAUGGCACCCAAGAGGGCCAAGAAGAGGGGGCAACAGCAGGGUGAAGGGGGAGGAUCCUCCAACGUGUUCUCCAUGUUUGAGCAAAGCCAGAUUCAGGAGUACAAGGAGGCUUUCACAAUCAUCGACCAGAACAGAGACGGCAUCAUCAGCAAGGAUGACUUGAGAGACGUGCUGGCCACCAUGGGCCAACUGAACGUGAAGAACGAGGAGCUAGAGGAAAUGAUAAAAGAAGCUAGCGGCCCCAUCAACUUCACCGUCUUCUUGACAAUGUUUGGCGAGAAGCUAAAGGGAGCUGAUCCUGAGGAUGUUAUCUUGAGCGCGUUCAAGGUCCUGGACCCUGAGGGUACUGGUGCCAUCAAGAAGGAAUUCCUUGAGGAGCUCCUGACGACCCAGUGUGACAGGUUCACAGCCCAGGAGAUGACCAACCUGUGGCAGGCCUUCCCCCCUGACGUGGCUGGCAACGUGGACUACAAAAACAUCUGCUAUGUCAUCACACACGGAGAGGACAAGGAGGAGUAAAUCUGCUUCUCUCAAAAUCUCCACCCACAUUAAGAAAAUGAGAAAUCUUCACCCUGUCCACCCGCGUCUCCAAAGCCGUGCCACUCAUGCUCGCACCCUGGCCCAGUGUCACCCCAACUCAUUAUGAACAGACUCCACAAGAGGACUGAAGGCUGCGGGUGUGUGUGUGCGUGCGAGUACCAACAGGGGACCAUGGGAUUAUUUUCAAUAAAAGAAAUAAUCUCAUGGGAUUGAAAUAUCUUCUUUCUCCAUCUCUUCUGUGCCGUGUCAAGGUCAACAGCGCAUGCUCCCUAACUACAAACGGUAUCAUAUAUGUAUGUGCAGUCCAAUGUAUGUAGCGGUUAAUUGAAAUGUUUCUAGUGCUGUGGUGCGUGCCAUGCACAGUUUAUUUGCAACAAAUAAGCAAUCUAACCUGGACAGUCUGUUAAUCCAACAGUGUGCUUCCUGUGCUUGCAGGGAGAGGAGUGCACAGUAAAAGAGCAGGAGUGCCGCACUAUAAUAGUUUGCCCGCUUCUGCCUCUUUAUGCCUCUCCCUCUUUCACACAUGGGUUUGAAUACAAAAGCUGUGGUGAAAUACAUGUUGUUUGUAAGCUUGUAAGUAAAGAGAUGGUGAAAGAUGAAGAGUGGGAGACAGGAAGGAAUAAAACAAAAGGAAAGGACCUUUGUUUUGUCGUUUCCUUCCUUCUCCUCACUGCUGUUUCUCUCCCAUUGUUUUGACUGCCUGUGUCUCCGCUGCAACAGCUGAAGAC